CUCUCUCACCUCCCCCGAGAAUGAUACAAAUGACAGUGCAAAACUACAUGCGAUCCCUGCAUCAGUUUUCAGAAAUGCCUGUUCUCUCGAGAUGGAACAGUGUCGGCUCUUCUCAUUCUCACUCCAGUGCAUCAAAAAGUGUCACUGAAUGGCUAGAUUUCUCAGAGAAAGAUCCUGUUGAGAUUCUACUGGAUUUGGGGUUUGGCAUGGACGAACCUGACAUCUGUACCAAAAUCCCUCCUCGGUUCAUCAAUUCUGCAUCCAUGGCUAGAGGCAUCAAUAUUCGGGUCUUCAUAGAAGCUCAAAGGCAGCGCAUGGAUAUAGAAGCCCCCAAUUUAUGUGGGCGUUUUCGGCAACUGCAAGUCUUGGAUCAUGUGACCAGCGCCUUUUCUUCUUUGCUGAACGAUAUCAACCUCAUGCAGCAGAAUAUGGAGGACAGAAAUGGAGAGGAGAUGGGUGCGGCAAGCACCCCAAAAGGCAAAGCUGUUGUCUCACAGGCAAAGCGGAGAAGAAUAGGACAACUCCUGAGAAAAGUGUCCAGACAGACAACAAUGCACGGCUCUCACGCUCACCGAAGCGCUGGCACAUCCAGCAAAACCGAUGAAGAAGGCUACGCUCCUGUUGUUGAUUUGGACAAACGCAUAGCGGCUAGGCCUGGCUUAUGUGAAAAUACUGCCUUGGGCUCUCUGAAAGAAGAGUUGUUUCCCGGUGAGGAGGAGAAGGCUAUGACUCGAUCUCAUCCUCCACAGCCCAUAGCAAGCAAAACUUGGGGGUUGCCUCAUCUGCCUAUCAAACAGACCCAUUUUCUUUCAGCCUCCGAGGUGCCUAUUAAAGACAGAGCCCGCAAGGAGCCCAAUUUGCUUUUGAACCAUAUGCUGAAGAGGGUAUCUGGCUUAAAUGGCAAGCCUGCAGAUUCCUUUGAAAUGGAAGAGAUCCAGAGCUUCGAGGAUGAAUCUUCAUGGGGAAAUCCUCUUGAAAGCACUUCAGAUGUAACAAGGACAAAUAGCUGUCAGUCUGAUAGCAGUGGAUUUCUGGAAGAUCCCUCAGAGCCCUUACCUCUACAGGCCGUAUCUCUGCCUGGAAACCUGAGAAUCAGCUGCAAUAUCCAUGAUAAUCAAGCAUAUUUGAGACAUAGGAAGGACUCAGCUCUGGCCAGGCAGGAUUUUCAUCCCCAUGUGGAGGCAUCCAUUGCUAUCACCUCCCCCACUGAUGGUGGCAGAGUUCCACUGCUACCCUCAAUGAGCAGAGAACAGAUUUUCCAGGGAGAGGAAGUUUUCUAUUCCAUAAAUGAAGAAGAUGACCCAAUGGAGGCCUCUAGUGAUCAAUGUGAAGGUGCAACCGGUGGAACGGAGCCUGAGGUGCAUGAGAAGGAGAUGCAAGAGCAAGGCGGACAACUGGUGAAAGAAGAAGACGGUCGUGUAGAAGAGCCCAUUUCAUGCCACCACACUAAAGGCAUGGAUCAAGAUGGCAGUAGUUCUCCAGAAAGGGAUUGGCUUUUAAAGUGCAGUGAAAUGCCUGAGAAUCCAGGCUCAGCUGCCACCGAGAUAGGUCGUACAAGCCCCACUACACUCAGCAAUGGCCAAAUAUGUGUAAACAGAAAUGAAAGUGAGGGCCUUUUGACUGAAGAGGAAACUACGGGUGUAUGUAGAGAAAAUAAACAGGAAGGUAUUGUAGAAAGUGUGGAAGGAAAGUGGUGGGAGAGCAAGCUGGAUUUCUCUGUUCCAGCCACAGACGUCAGUGUCACAAAGGAUCCCCAGGACUUUUGCAAACUGGAUAUUGGUUUCAGCAGUACAGGCAGACCUUCAGAGAUAGCUCUGGUGUCAGAAACUGAGCACAGGGACCUGGCUGAGCACAGGGACCUGGCUGAGACCCAGCUGAUUUCAAGCAGCCCUCUCCAAGAUUCUAGCCUUCCUGCUUCCUGCCUUGAAAAGGGAGGACUUAGCUCCUUGAAUAUAUUAUCAGCAAACACCAAACUAGACAAAGAGGAGAGCGUCCCCAACAUGGAAACAAAGCUUAGUCCUUCCAGAUCCAUAACCAUCCAGAUGCCUUCAAUGCUCGUGUCGAAUAGGCAGAGUAUCCACUUGGAGGAAGUCGCUGUAAAAGGCAGGCCUCUGGAUUUCAUGUUCAAGGCCUCCCAGCGUUUUGAGGAAGAACCUAUAAUUCCCUCAGUCUUGGGUGCUUUAAAGGAAGAAGAUAAGGAAGUGAAGGAAGUGUCUGUUCAAACGGAGAGGAGUCACUCAAAGCGAGAAACGUUCCCCCCGUUUCCGCUUCUCCCUUCCUUUCAUGGGCACAGCCAUCUUCUGAAGUCUGCUUCUCUAGACACAGGGCUGUAUGGGGAAUACCGGCCUUGCGGCUAUGAACCUUUCAAUGCCUGCUGUGCCCAGCACGGAGGCCACUGCUGUCCUUUGAGCUCUCAUCACUGCUGUUUGUUGCGGUCUUUCCCUCUUGCUCCUUUGUGCAAACAUCCCAUAACAUGCUGCUCAUCACAUGCCAGCCUAGAGCUGCAGCUUCUGAAAACACUAACACUUCUGCAGAACACAGCAAUGAGAAAUAUUUCUUCUUGCACAGUUAAUGAAAUUGAAACAAUGAAAAAUUCGUGCCAAAAGUUUCGCGAACGUCUGGAUGAGAUUGAGCAGCACCUGAUGGAGCAAGAGAUUCUCUUUUCCAGUGCUAUGUCAGAUGAAGCACGAGAGGAGAGAAGACGACUCCAGGCCUUGCGACAAGCUGUCCGUCGAGAGGUUGCCGAACUGGAAUGCCAGCUGAAGGAUCGUGCUCGCCAGGUUAGGGAGGGGAUUCUUAUGCAGCUGGAUCAGUUAUUGGGCGAACAGUCUAAUCUGUGCUCAGAACUUGGGAUUUCUAAUUGGAGGGAAGAAAACGAGGCUAGGAGUGAGACCCUUCUUCCAGACGCUGCCGCCACCACUCAUUUCUUUUGCAGAGGGAGUUCCAAAGAUACUCACCACAGGCCUCCAAGUAGGAGUGCGACAGCCCCAUCCAGCCCCUCAACGUCUUUGAUAGGAAAAGCAGAAGUAUUGCCAGCUUCUCCUUUGCCUCCAGGCAAGAUCGAUUCUACAGCAGACUCCAAGGAACUGCAUGGCAGUAAAAAGGAAGUGAAAGGUCCUCCUCAGCCAAAAUUGGACUUCAAGGCCUUUAUCCAAAAUCUGAAGAAAUCUUUCAGAACAUCAUUCAGCAGUGAUGUAACAGAAGGAAAAGAUUGAGGGGUGCCAUCUCUUUUCUUGUGAGACCUUCUUCCACACCAUUUUUAAAGCAACUUGUGGAAUCAGAACUAAUGUUAAAAUUGCUUUGAUAGGAGAAUACUGAGAAAAGGGAAGGACAUAAUAUCUGGGAAUACUGGAAAAAUGCCAUGAGGAAAGAUUUGGAUUAUGGACAGAUGGACUAGUUGGGAAGUGUGUGCUGAAGAAUCUGAUAUCUUUCUUGAGCCUUGUACUUAAUGGUGUCAAGAAUAUGGUGGUCAUGAACCAUAAGCUAUCGUGUGGCUUUUCCAUUCAAUGUCUCCAAUCUGGACACUUGAUUUCCUGUUAUUAGGCACCAUAUGCAGGCAGGAAUUUAAACAGCAGAGGAGAACUCUUCUAUCAGCACUGGCACCUGAAAUCUGGCUCUAUCGUGUAUGAGUUCCUGACCCUUUCAGCUCAAGAACAGCUCAAGAAAUUUGGUUGGACGUGACUGACCCUCCUCCAGUAUAAUAUACUCAAGUAUAUUACUGUGUAGCUGCCUGUGUUGCUGAUCUUUAGGGAUCUCUGAGAGUUGUUAAACAACACUUCAGAAAAUAACAGUACAAAAUGUCAGAAUUUAUGCUUUCACUGUUAACUGUUCCCAGCCUCUGUGAUUAUGAGGAAGUUAACAAAACCAAUAUAACAAAGCUGUCCUCGUGUUCUGAAUAAGUAGCUUGCCAAAAUAAUACCUCAGGUUUCUUUCUCACCCAGCAACCUGGUACCCUUCUACCCCCCGUGACAAGAAAACCUUGUGUAGAAAGUCACUUCUCUGCCAGAUGUCUGUUACUGAAUUGAGGCAAUUUGGCAGUUAACCUUCAGAGAUAAGGACAUAGUUAUGUGGUGGCUAAUAUUGGCCUUAUAUAUGAUCAUGUUUUGUGGUGAACUUCAUUCAUAACAAACAGCAGUUUAUCACUGGAAAUUAAACAAGGGAUUUACAGCACUGAGUUACAGUUGUUCCUAUCAUUUAACAAGAAAAAAAAUUCAAGCCAAACACAUGCCUUCUUUUAUGAGAUAUAGAAGAAUAAAUAUAUUCCUAUUUAAACUGUACAAGAA